AUGGCGCCACGCUCUGUCUCUGCCGGAAGCUCGCGUACCCGCGCGGGCCCUUCCAAGGCUGCCCCCAAGGCUUCGACCAAGGCCGCCGCCCCCGCCGCCGCUGCUCCUGCCAACACCCGCAGCCGGAAACGCGCCGCCGAGGCGUCUCCCGAGGUCGAGGAGGACGAUGAGGCCUUCGCUGUUGGUGGCGAGCUCGAGUUGAGCGACGAGGGAGAGGACGACGAGGAUGAGGAGGACGAGGAUGAGGAGGCAUUCCCCGAGCUCGACAGCGGCUCGGAGGACGAGUUGGAGGGCGACGACGAGCAGGAGGUGGACGGAGACGACGAGAACGACAUGGGCGACAGCUCGGACGAGGAGAUCCUGAACGACGAGGAUGACGGAGACGAGUCGGGCUACAACACCUCGGACAUUGAGGCAAUGUACGAGGACGACGACGACGACACUCCGGACAGCUCAGUGCUUGGCUCGCCAUCGUCGGGAACAAGGGAGCUGGACGUGGACGAGAAGCUGUCGCGCAUGAUUGCGCGCAACACUGUCAAGCCCGACGACAGCCUUGGUGCUGAGGGCCAGAUCUCGCAGGCCAAGAAGAGCCACGGCAAGCUUGUCCCCUCCAAGCUUGUCCCCGGCGGCUACAGGCGCGAGUACGACGAGAUUGAGGCUGGUUACGGAUCGGAGUCGUCCACGGAGGACAACCCCAACACCAUCGGCAACAUUCCCAUUGAGUGGUACGACGACAUGCCCCACAUCGGUUACGAUGUCGACGGCCGCAAGAUCUUCCGCCCUGCCAAGGGUGACGAGCUCGACAAGUUCCUGGCCAACACUACCACUCUUGACGCGUGGACCAGCGCCGAGGACAGGCUCAUGCAGAAGAACGUUGUUCUCUCUGACAAGGAGCUCGACAUUAUUCGCCGUAUUGUGCAGGCCGAGAACCCCGACGCCGACUUUGACCCCUACCAGCCUACGAUUGAGUGGUUCACCGGCGAGGGCCAGGAGCGCAUCAUGCCUCUUUCUGCUGCGCCAGAACCCAAGCGCCGUUUCGUCCCGUCCAAGUGGGAGCACGCCAAGGUGAUGAAGAUUGUCAAGGCCAUCCGCGAGGGCCGCAUCACCCCUGGCAAGCCCACUGCCAAGAAGCCGACUGUCUACGGCAUCUGGUCCGAGUCCGACCAGCCCCACCAGGAGCACGCCAUGUACAUGCCUGCUCCCCAGCUGCCGCCUCCCAAGACGGCCGAGUCGUACAACCCUCCUGCGGAGUAUGUCCCUACGGCCGAGGAGAAGGCCGAAUGGGAGGAGAUGGACAAGGAGGACCGCAAGACCGACUUCCUUCCUGCCAAGUACGACGCUCUCCGCCUUGUUCCCGGUUACAAGAACCUUGUGCAGGAGCGCUUCGAGCGCUGCCUCGACCUGUACCUUGCUCCCCGUACUCGCCGCGUCAAGCUCAACAUCGACCCCGAGUCUCUCAUCCCCAAGCUCCCCGCCCCGCGCGAGCUCCGCCCCUUCCCCACCACCAGCUGUGUCCAGUACCGCCACCCCGGAGACACCCGUGUUCGCUCCGUCUCGCUGUCGCCCAAGGGCGACUGGCUUGCCUCGGGUUCCGAGGACGGUGUUGUCCGCGUGUGGGACGUUGCCACCGGUCGCGAGGUUUGGCGCUGGAACCUCAAGGGCGGACCCGUCCAGCACGUCGCCUGGUCCCCCAACGCUGACGAGUGCCUCCUCGCUGCUCUCGUCGAGCACCGUGUGGCUAUUCUUGCUCCACUCGCGCUCGUCGCCCCCGCCGUCGCUGCCGCGACCCUUACCCACGCCAACACUGGUUUCGCCGCUUCGGCUGCCACGACCAAGAUGGGCGCUGGCUCCGAGACCAAGGGUGUCGAGGCCAUCAAGUGGGUGCGCCCCACCGAGCUUGCGCGCGAGCGCGGUGAGCUUGUCUACGUGGACGUUCCCGGCACCCCCAAGCAGGUCACCUGGCACCGCAAGGGUGACUACUUCUCCACUGUCGCUACCGAGGCUGCCAACAAGUCGGUCCUUAUCCACCAGCUCGGCAAGCACGCGACCCAGUGCCCCUUCAAGAAGACCAACGGUGCCGUUCAGCGCGUGGCCUUCCACCCUUCCAAGCCCUGGUUCUUCGCCGCCACCCAGCGCUACGUUCGCCUGUACGACCUUGCUGCCCAGAAGCUCGUUCGUACCUUUAUGACCGGUCUCAAGUGGAUCUCGUCCCUCGACGUCCACCCUGGCGGUGACAACAUCAUUGUCGGCUCGUACGACAAGAAGCUUGCCUGGUUUGACAUGGACGUCGGCAACAAGCCGUACAAGACGCUGCGGUACCACUCCCGCGCGCUGCGCUCCGUGGUCUUCCACCCCAAGCUGCCCCUGUUCGCUUCGGCCUCGGACGACGGCACCAUCCACAUCUUCCACGCCACCGUCUACGACGACUUGAACAUGAACCCCCUCAUUGUGCCGCUCAAGAUUCUCCGCGGCCACCGCAUCACCGACACUCUGGGCGUGCUCGACGUCCGCUGGCACCCCGAGAAGCCCUGGCUCGUGUCGUCGGGCGCCGACGGCGAGUGCCGUCUGUGGUGUUCGUAG